AUGUGGCAAUCUAUAUUUUUCGUGUUUGUUACAUCUCUUACUGGCAUACUAGCUGCAAAACUCUAUCCUCUGAACUUGAAUGUGGAAAAUCCAACAGAGAUAUAUUUUUCACACGACGAAAUAUUGCCGCCGUUUCGACUACCUGGCAGUACGGUCCCGGAAUCCUAUGAUAUCAGCAUUAGAACGUGGAUUCAUGAAGCGAACUUCACAUUUACCGGCCACGUAAGAAUUGGCAUAAGGGCCGUUCAGUCAACAGAUUUCAUAACUUUACAUCAGCGAGGUCUGUCCAUACAAAACAUCACAAUUUUAUCGCAUGAUAAUGUUGCAAUGGACAUUGACGAUCCAACAUAUCACACUGAAUAUGAAUUACUAACAAUUCCCAUCGUUCGUACCAAUUUAACUGAGGGAUCGAGAUAUUUCAUUGACAUUGAUUACAUAGGCACCAUAGGACGUUUUAGUGGGUUUUUUCAGGCAUUUUACUAUCUCGACGGAGUCCAACAUUGGUAUGCUACGACACAAUUCGAACAUACGGAUGCACGUCGAGCGUUUCCAUGCUACGAUGAACCAGCUCUGAAGGCUAAUUUCACCAUCACAAUUACCCAUGAUUCUUCCUAUUCAGCAAUCUCUAAUAUGCCUGCUAUUUCUGAGGAUCCAUUAGUAAACCCUGAUGGAUCCAUAACGACAAUAUUUCAGCGAAGUCCUAAAAUGUCUACCUAUUUGGUUGCAUUUCAUAUAUCCGAUUUUUCAUAUCGUGCCAAUCCUCCCGACAGGAAUAUACCUCAUAGAGCGUUUGCUAGACCGAAUGCAAUCAAUCAAACGGCAUUGGUUUUAGAAUUUGGUGAGCGGGUACUAGAUAAAUUGAGUGACUUUAUUGGUAUUGAGUAUGCACUACCCAAAAUGGAUCAUGAUGUUCCCAUCGGCAAUGGAAAAUUAUGGCAUGACAACAUACAUGUAAAUAUGGAGCAAGAACAAUUCUUCUUCUACAACGAAAACGUUGACAGUUUUGAGUUAAAGAAAGAUAUUAUGAAUGUAGUCUCUCACGAAGCUGCCCAUCAAUGGUUCGGAAAUUUGGUCACACCGAGUUGGUGGUCAUGGCUGUGGUUGAAGGAGGGCUUUGCUACAUUUUUCGAAUAUUUAGGACUGGAUUUGGCUUAUCCUGACUGGCAAAUGAUGGACAUGUUCAAUUGGGAAAUUAAAUAUCCAGCUAUGGCCUACGAUGAAAAUGUAGCUGCUUAUCCAAUGACUCGCGACGUCGCACAUCCAUCUGAAAUAUUUUUCCUUUAUAACUAUGUUGCCUAUUACAAAGCUGGAUCAGUUCUAAGGAUGUUUUACUACAUGUUUGGUGAGGAGACAUUUAUGGAAGCAGUGAGAGACUAUUUGCAAACACAUGCUCAUUCAGAUGCCGAUGAAGAAGAUUUAUUUGAAUCGUUACAAAAGUUCGUUCAGCUAAAAGAAGGAAUAAUCCCUACCGAUACAGAUGUCGCAACUAUUAUGAGUUCAUGGAGUAGACAACCUGGAUUUCCACUAAUAACAGUUGAACGAAAUUACGUAGGUGCCACGAGCCAAGUAACACUUCGACAAAAACGGUAUAUCACAUACGGUGAAUCUAACUCAAAUUUAACAUGGUGGGUGCCAUACAACUUUGCUACUGCUAAAAACCCAGGAUUUGAAAAUGUAAAAGUUGAGGGAUGGAUGCCACAGAACACUUCAUCUUUCGAAAUCAUUAUUGAUUCGUUGGAUGCUGAUGACUAUUUGGUGAUGAAUAAACGAGCGUCUGGAUAUUACAGAGUUAUUUACGACGAAAGAAAUUACAGACUCAUUUCGGAUGCGAUUAUAAAAAAUCAUUCGCUAUUUCCGUCGACCAACAUAGCCCAACUGUUAAUUGAUGCAAAGAAUUUUAUCGAUCAUGAUUUACUUCCAUAUCCACCACUUUUGGACCUUUUGCGAGUUAUGGAGUUCGAUGUAAGUCACGUCAGUUGGAGUGCAGCUUUCGGUGCUUUCUCAGCGCUUAACCAGAACUUUCGAGGUCAUCGCAGCUUUUCCAUUUGGGAAGAAUUCAUGUUAAAUCUUAUGAAAAACUUGUACGAAGAAGUUGGAAUCGAAGAUAUUUCCGAUGAAUCUCUUCCGCGAAAGCGUAUUCGACAAGAUCUGAUCCGGUAUGCAUGUCAACUGGGUAACGUACAUUGUUUAAGUGACACCAAUCGGCAACUUCGUCAGCUUGUCGACAACGGUCAGGAAUUUCAUCGAAAUAUAGACGAAGUGAAAACAUGUGCGUCUCUUCGAAGUGCUAACAGAAACGACUUCCAUUUUAUGUGGAACCGUGCCAUGUCCUCUUCAUAUCCAAGAGAAUUUUAUGUGAGGUCCCACGUAUUGUUGGGACUUACGUGUUCAUCUUCCAGACAAUUGCUAAGUGAAUUACUUAGGACAACGCUGAAUUCAACGAACACGGAUAAUUUCGUUUACAGUGGCUACGAAAGAAGUCAAAUUUUAUAUGGAAUUACUACUAACACUCAAAUUGGGCUGGACAUUGCACUGGAAUUCUUCAUUGAAAAUGCUGUAGAAGCAUUCCACGCUUACGAUGGCUUUUCCCAUUAUACUUUUUCAUAUUUGGUCAGAGAUGCAAAUCAAAUUGAGCGAUAUCACGUUCUGCUAAAUAUUUUAUUAAACGAGGACUUGAUCACACAAGAAGACAUUAAUACUGUAGAGCUUGCGAUUGAAAGAUCGCUUCAUUGGCUAGCUACGCAUGGCGAAGCUGUUCACCAGUGGCUUAUGGAAAAUUACGCUGGGAUUUAA